AUGGAGGACGAAGAGUAUGUCGAUGUGAAUCAACACCGAAUCAUCCACUCUAUCACCCUUGCAAAUGCUCUGGCAGCAUUCGCUUUGUACAUCAAGAUUGCUUGUAUUAACUUGGCUUUGAUGGAUAGUCUGUUGGAAUGGCUGGCGCAUAGUAAAAAAAAAUAUUGCGAAUUAUGCGAACACCCGUUUACUUUUACGCCCAUCUACAGAGAGGAUAUGCCUGAACGAGUUCCACUGAACGUGCUCCUUAAGCAGUGCAUCCGGCGUGCUGGAUUUCUCCUUAAAAUAACACUUCGUGCCAUCCUGGUGAUCAUGAUCUGGCUGGUGAUGUUACCGUACUUCACCUUGUGGACCUGGCGAUUUUAUUUUUGGAGCGGGGAGAAUAUCGGUUUUCCGCAAGCGAAAGACCAAACAUUAAUGCAACAAUCAUCAUCAUCAUCCUCACUAGUGUCUGACGAUCAGGUAUCGUCAGCAUUAAAUGACACCUCACCUCAUUCUUCCAUCUCAUUUACCGGCGUCAAUAUCAGGGGCACGCUCGCCGACUGUCUGGAGGGCCAAAUCAUUACCGCUUUUGUUAUUCUUCUUUUUGUGGCAGCUUAUCUUUUCCGAGAAUGGGUGACUCAAAAUAUGCCCCCAGACGAUCAAGCGCAACAACCACCUCAACCACCUCAACCGCAAGAAGUGGAAGUUCCGAAUGGCAUGCCACGAAGGGUUCCACCUACUCAUCAUCAACUAGACGAAUUACCAGAUGAUCAGCGAUUUGCACAACAGCAAGUAGCGGUCGCCACUCUUUUGCAAGCCAUGCAAAACGUCAAUGUGCCCAACGACGAAAUCGAACUCGAACGUACACAGCUCACGGCACGGUUAGAAGAUGUUCGUCGCGAACUGCAAAGACGUAGGUUGGCUGCACUGCAAUCUGUGCAUCAUCAUGAAGAUGCAGCGACAGUGGACAAUGAAAUGGUGGCUCAGGAGGGAAAUGAAACGGAGACAGAGGGUUCGACUGCAGGGUCAGGGCCCAUCGAUUAUCAGUCGCAUCAUUCUUCCACGUAUGCCUCUUCAGCCUCCUAUGAACCCUCAAGUAUACCGUGGGAGGACCGAGUCGAAGAAUUAUGGUCACCAAAUACUGACCGCUUUCACGACAAACCUUCCGAUGUCGACUCAUUGUUCGAGAGUACAUCGACUUCCCGAUCAUCUGCGAGUCCAAACCUUGCUGAUAUUGAUGUGCAUAUACCUAAUCAACAUACCGAACAUACCGAACAUCCGCAACGACCCAUCUUGCGUUCAGACUGGUCUAGUCACAAUGCGGCGGCCGUUACGGAUGAUGCAGCCCAAGCCACUAAUAUUCGAUGGCGUGCUCCCGAAUUUGAAGCGCCCAUGGAUGAGCAAAUCGAUCAACAUGCGGAACCCAAUUUUCACCUGAACCGAUUUGAUGGCGCAGGAAGAGGUGCGAAUCCUAUUCCACCCGUUGAAUUUGAACCAUUUGGAGGCAACGAUGACGAUAACAACAAUAAUAAUAAUAAUAACGGGGAACCAGCUGAGGACGAAGAAGAGCCUUUCGAUCUCGCGGAUGAUCUUGAUGGCGUGCUGGAGGCGAUUGGCAUGCGCGGCAACCCUUGGAUGCUGGUGCAAAACUCGGUUCUCAUGUCAUUGGUGAUAAGUUUAUGCUUGGGUGUGGCUGUAUGGAUACCUUAUGUAAUUGGACGCCUUGUUAUUCUGAUUCGACCCAUCAGUUUUAUUCAGACACCGAUUUAUAUGAUGCGCUUGAUCACCGAUCCACUGGUGGAUAUAGUGUUGGAUCGCUUGAUGCCCUUGGUUGCUUCUUCUUUGGAUUCCAAAGAGACCAGUUUCCGAAAUGCUCUCCUUCCGGAAAAAAUUCAGGUGGCGGCUGCGGCCUGGUACGAUCAUGUUCUACAAGGAGUUUCGCACUUAUUGACGAUGGUGCAUUGGGACAUGUCAAAGGAUUCUACAUCAGUGUUAUGGACAAACCAUACGGAACCAUUGCAGUCCACAGAUCUGUCCAAUGCUACGUCUGUGUGGCCUUUGGUGCAGGAAAAAUUACAGACGGCCGGCGUCGCUGUAGCCAAUCGAUGGCAUCAAUUUGCUGUAGGGCAAACAGGGCUGGAUCGUGUUGCCUGUGUCUUGUUGGGAUACGGUGUCUUGAUUUUUGUCGGCUCAUGGUACCUGACACGGGGUCGCAACGUUACACGGCGAUCAACAGCAGACAGCGUACAGGAAAUUAUUCGGCAGCAGGGUGUAUUCCUCAAGGUUCUUUUGUUUAUCUUGAUUGAACUGGUGAUCUUUCCUUCUGUUUGUGGUGUUUUGCUGGACCUUGCGACCCUGCCGCUAUUCGCCAACACGUCGGCGGCUUCCCGAUUGGCGUUCCAUCAGGCUAAUCCCUAUUCUUCCACUUUCUUACAUUGGUUCCUUGGUACUGGAUUUCUGUUCAACUUUGCCGUUUUUGUGACGCUUUGCAGAGAAGUGGUUCGACCCGGCGUCAUGUGGUUCAUCCGUGACCCGAAUGAUCCUCAAUUUCAUCCCGUUCAAGAGAUGGUGGAACGCCCUACGAGAACCUUGUUGCAAAAAAUCGGUCAAAGUGCUUUGAUGUAUUCCGUGAUGAUCGUCAUCGGUGUAGGCGGCGUUAUUUUUGUCACCCAUCACACGACAUCACUGUUCCCGCUUUAUCUCCCUUUGGAUAAACCAUUAUCGACUUUGGCAAUUGAUUUAUUGCUCGUGCAAUUCUUAUUGCCCCCGCUUAUCAAUUACCUUGAGCCACGAAAGUUUGCAAAAGAGGCAUUGUAUAACUGGUGGCGCUUGGUCUCACGUCGUUUACGUCUCACGUCAUUUAUGUUCAAUGGUCGAUAUCCUGAAGAGGAGGGUACACAUAUCCGGAAAUCAUGGAAAGCUUGGCUUUUCAUGAAGCAAGCCACGGUCGUUUCUGACGUAUAUGCCGAUGUCGCCAUUCCACCCCACAAUGCUGACGUGAUAUUCCGACGGGAUGGUCAACUUGUACGUGUGCCAAAACAUGACGGCGUCCCUGUUGUGCCCGGUCGUCGCAUGCUUGUUCCCGUCGAUCCUGUCAAUUUCCUUCCUAUCGACGAACAAGAACGCAUGGCCGGUCAUCCGGCAGCAUCUGAUUCGGGCGAUGAAGAGCAAUCCACCACGGUUGUCUAUGUGCCGCCCCAGUUUCAGUUGAGGGUAAUCAUUUUCUUAUUGCUCAUGUGGCUCUCCCUCUCGGCGCUGGCGUUUUCCAUUAUGAUUGCACCUUUGUUGCUGGGCAGACAUCUCUUUGAAACGUACCUUGGUGCGGAAAACCAGGUCCAUGAUGUUUAUGCUUUCAGCUUGGGGGCCUAUGUCAUGGUUCUUUUGAGCAUUGUUGUCAACUGGUUCAGCCAUCUGUUUGAUACCUGGCAAGCCGAAAGCUGGGACGUGGCUUAUAAUGUAAUGAAGAGCAGUAUCAAAGAAAAGUUGUAUUUGAUGGUCAAGUUUAUCUAUUUGGGGCUGAGCGCGGGCUUAGUAGUACCUUUGCUUCUGGGGGUGACGGUGGAUCUCUAUAUUUUUAUGCCUAUUAGGUUAGCCAAGUCCAGCGAAGCAUUGGUGCUUCAUUUACCGGAGUGCUGGUCAUUCGGUGUAGCCUACCUUAGUAUAAUUUAUGGGGUAGCGCACGUGAUACCGAACAAUAACCUACGACGUACUCUCGAUCAAUUGUUGGAAAAUGGAGUCAUGCAGCUGAACCCGUGGGGGAUCACGCGCACGAUAAUUGUGCCGAUGGUUGUGGGUUCUAUUGCAGCGAUUUCCAUACCGGGUAUUUUGGCCUGGGGAGUAGUCCAGAUGUUGGCGAAACACGAUCCUUCUAUUCAAUUGGCUAUUGUUCGAUGCAUGUACCCUGGCGUCUUUUGUUUGAUUGUGGUGAUUCUAAUGUGUAUAUUGUUGACCAAAUUGGCGAAAAUCUGGAUGAAAACCGUCAGAGACGAUACCUAUCUCAUCGGCAAACGACUGCAUAAUCUGGAAGACAGUACGGCCUCUGCUGCAUCGACUUAG